UCUGGUGAGAACUGUUGGAGUGUGAUCUACUCAGAGAGAAGAGUGUGUGUUCUGGAGGAUUCCUCAGUGGACUUUCCCUGCACUUACUCAUAUCCCAGUGGACAGAGAGUUACUGAAUCAUACUGGUUUUACGUUCAGCCUGGAGUGGAUCCAAAUGAUCUGAGUAAGGAAGAUCAGUUUGCAGGUCGAGUGGAGUUUCUGGGGGAUAAAGAGAGAAACUCAACUCUGAGAAUCAGAAAUGUGACGAAGAAUGACUCUGGAGAAUAUCGGUAUCGAUUUCUUAAUGAUGAAGGAAGGGGUUUCUCUGGUACUCCUGGAGUUAUUCUGAGUGUUACAGAUCUUCAGGUGAAAAUGAGUCCCAGCUCUCCAUCAGAAGGACAGACAGUAACACUGACCUGUAGCUCCACCUGCACUCUGCCCAACAACCCCACCUACAUCUGGUACAAGAACGGACAGCCUGUAACCAACAAACCCACCAGAUACAACAAGCUCUACCUGGAGUCAACAAGCCCUGAGGAUGUUCUCCAGUAUUCCUGUGCUCUAGGAGGUAAUGAUGAAAAAAGCCUAGAGGACAUCACAGUGUUAAUCAUCACAGUGGGCGUGGUCAUCUUUCUGGCUGUAAUCCUGAUCACAGGACUGGUGUGGAGGUGUUGGGUGAUCAGGAGGAAGAGAGGAGCAGAGAGAGAAGCAGAUGUUCAGACUGGAACCCCUGUAGACGACACUUACACAGCUCUAAACCCCACCAGCAUGUCCUCUGAUUACGACACUCUGACUGUUAGAACAGUCUCUUCCAGUGGUCUGUACUCCUCCCUGAACCCUGCAACCAUGUCCUCUGAUUACGACACUCUGACUAGCUGGGAAUAA